CCCUUUUACCGGAAGGUUACAAAUACCGACUUCCGAUUAGAAGACAGGGCGACCGAACUAACAAGCCAUGUGGUAUCUGAAAAGAAUUGGAGGAAUAAGGCUUACCAACCCACGAUGUCCACCCUAUCAGGCUGUGAUCAAUGGAAAAUGGUUCAAGAAACUUUUCUACUUCCUGCUGUUCCUCGGAUUCCUGUAUACUUUCUUCAUCAUUACACAGUGCUGGAAAAUCUACCUGUAUGAUAUGAUGGGUUGGGAACGAGAGAAAUUUAUAUGUGUAAAAUUCCGAGGACGUCUGGCCAAUCAGAUGUUUGACUACGCCUUUCUCUAUGCUUAUGCCCAUAAGAAGGGUUUGUCUAUGAUUGUUCCUCCAUCCGACCUGACAAAGGCUUUUGGAAUCCAACCAAAGACCGGAGACCAGUAUGGGUUCAGUAGAUAUACGUGCUGGUGUUUCUGGACGAUAGAUGACAAAUGGAAUUGUGCUUAUGAUUCCUCAUUUGAAGAGUUAGAAAAGAAUAAAGAUUUAUCUUUUAGAGGAUUUUUCCAGUCAUGGAAGUAUUGGAAAGAUUAUGAUGCAGACUUGCGUAAGAUUUUUGUUUUUCAAGAUGAUAUAAAGGACAAAGCAAGGUCUUAUAUGAAGAAAAUUUUGAAAGAAACUGGAAAGAAACCGCAACAGGGUUCUGUUUUAGUAGGAAUACAUAUAAGACGCGGGGAUCACAUUGAAAGGAGCGACGUUAAUUAUGGCAAACUUGUAGCUACAGAAGGCUAUCUUGAUAAUUCAAUGGGCUAUUUCCGACGGAAAUAUAAAGAUGUUCUUUUUGUGGUGAUUUCUGAUGAUAUAUUGUGGACAACCAAUACUUUACAGAAAUACGACGAUGUGUACAUUGUAACCGGUAAUUCUGGCGAAGUAGAUAUGUGUCUUCUUACAUUGACCAACCACACCAUCAUGUCGGUCGGAACCUUUGGCUGGUUUAUUGGGUGGAUGACCAAUGGAACCAUGAUUUAUUAUAAGAACGUAGCGAGACCCGGAUCUGGGUAUGAAUGGGAAUUCGGACCAGGUAUCCAAGACCACUUCUUACCUCACUGGAUCGGGAUGGAGUAAUGGAGCCUGUUAUUUGGAGGUGUUUCUCGAGCUCACAGACUUGUGUUUGUUGUCCUUGAUCUGUAUCAUUCUGAUGUGUUGACCUUGACUAGUAUCUCAAGGGUGGUAACUUUUGUUUUGCAUUGUUUGUGAAAUCCAAGAUAUAUAUAAUUAUUAGUUAUUGCUGAAGCAUAAACAGAUAUAUCUGAAUUAUAUCAGUUUUCUGUUCAAAGCAUUGCUAUCCCUGAUUUAUUAAAAUUAUUAUUUACAUCAAGGAUAACCUCAUCUUACUGUUUUUAACUCUUAAAGAAAAAUAUUUUGAGUCUGUUUGAAAUUUAAUGGGGUUUUUUUCUGGUGGAAAGAGCAAAGAAUCUUCAGGCUAAUGGAGAGUCACACUCACUGUUUUAAAAAUGGGACAGUAUAUUUUCUCCGACAUUUUCAGGUGCAUUCCCAUUUUGUUCAGGAAAAGAUUGAUAGAAUCUUUCACUAACUACGGGUAGCAGAAAAAUUUCAAUAGAACGGGCAAGUUUCAUAAAUGAUUAUAGCUGAGGUUUUGCUAAUCUAAAGGCCAGACAUUUAAAAAUAUUACCAGAGGGUCAAGAUUUUUCUGUCUUUCUCCCGAAGGGGUAAAUUAUUAUUUCACUCCCACAUGAAAUAAACAUUGAUUGCAUGGAUUUUCAUGUCAACAUAUAGUCCGAGUUUCCUUUGGCUCUAACACCAAACUUUGAUACUUUGACAUACAGAUGUCUGGUGAAGGCACCUGACAUCUCUAUGUCAAAAUGUCUAAGACUAGUGUUAGGGCCAGAGGAAACUCGGGCUAUGUUGACAUAUGACGUCAAACAAGAUCGGUCUUGGAAAUCUUCUCCUCUUUACCUAUGGCCUAUAUAUUGGGUAAGACAAUCAAACACAUUUCCUGUCUAUAUCACACUUAAGGGAUGGCCUAUAUUGACAGGUAGUCUUUACCCGACUAGGGAAACAGUUCACACCUGUUUUUGAAAAUGUGGACGUCACCACCUUAGAAUAGGAAUCCAUCUUAUAACAUUACAAGUGUAACAGUAAUGUAAGUUUUGGAACCUGUGUGAAAACAGCAGCAAUCUUCGACAUGAUGAUAUUCUUGAUAUUUUUUUUUAGUUAAAUAAUGUUAUACUUUUGUAAGUUGUGAUGCCAUAAUGUAACAAUGUGAACAGUAUUUAUAUGAUAUAUAAAUUAGAGGUUCACUGUGCCUAAGGUCACUUAAGGGAUUUCACUGUCACGGGGAGGCCUCAAUGAUAUUUAUAGGGGCAAUGCUAUUAUGUAUUGUCAACCUAUAAUAAAGUUAUAUCUAAUUGUAUCACACAUCAGUAACAAGCUUUUUGUUUCACCAGUUAGUCCAAAUUCUACAGUUUUAUGAUAAACAGUCCUCCAGCCACUGGACUUGCGUUACAAGGUACGCUUAUACAAUUACUGUACAUUAACUGGCAGUAUGUCCAUCACUUAGUCAGAUAAACUCAAGUCUCUAAGUCUAUUUCUUUUAUAGUAUUCAAUUUAGCCAGAGUCACGUGUUACAAACAUACUAAUGUCGAAUACCAUAUAUGACAAUGCAAUAGGUAACUCGGUAAAAGAUUUGACUCGGCACACAUCAUCGAAUGUUUGUGAUGUGAUGUCGUUUUGAUAUUUAGGUUGGUUUUAGACAAAGAAUUGCAGCAAGGGUCAUGUGACUUCACAUGCUGAUGUGCCUUGAUGAGUACAGCAUGUUUCAUGACAUUAUUGAGACCUUCAUCUUGGUCCUUGACCUCUGUGACCUUGGUCAAGUUAUUCCCAGUUAUGGAUGAAAGUAGCUCAUUGGUCACAUAAAUGUAAAUUCACCCUCUCUAUGCUCCUCUAUGAGAACAGCAUGUUGCAUGACUUUUUGGUAACUUGACCUUUUGGUAACUUGACCUUUUGGUAACUUGACCUUUUGGUAACUUGACCUUUUGGUAACUUGACCUUUGGUAACUUGACUCAUGCUUAAGUGUGGGAGUCGGUCAUCAGUGUCUUUCAGACUCAUUUCUAGUUAAUUAAGUACUAUAAUUCUGUUUUGCAUAGCAAAAACAAUAUGCCUAUGGACAAAUCAUUUUGGUAUGUAAAAUGUUUUUGAAUGUAGUUUUGUUGCACAUAUACAAAUUAUAUCCCUGAAAUUUCAUAAUGAACAAUUGCAUCCUUUGCCUUGAAAGAGUUCAAAUGUGUCUUCAGGGGUGAAUGAGUUAAUGAGGAAAAACUAGUCAUCAUGACUACAUCAUCCCUGUACAGGUUUACGUGUGUUUCUUGUGUUUUGUUGAAAAUACAAUAAAAAACAUAUAUUAUUCCAAAGA